AGCAAGUAGGCAGAUCACAAAAUAGAAUCGUAAAGUUUACUGUGAUUCCGCCGCAAAUUUUGUCCAAAAUGCAACGUAUGAUCGAGAUAAAAUAUGAAAAGUCUAAUGGCGUGUGGUACCAUAUUAAUGAUGGGGUUUUCUAUUCUACAACGGGCAGAGACAAGACACGCGUUUAUUUAAAAUGUGAAGUUUCAAGUGCUCACUCUCAUGGUCCUCAUUUCUACCAGGAACAAGUGUUGAAUCUGAGGACAGCUAUUUUGAAACGGUGUGCUGAAAGUAGACCUGACUUCUUCUAACAAUAUUUGACUUCUAUUCAGAUAAUAAGAAAUUCAUCAAGGGAGCGGUUUGAAUCAGUGGUCGAGUUAUAAGCUAUCGCUUACAUAAGUUAAGAAUCAUGCACCUGCUACUCCCUUUGGAAGGGUGACCGCUUGAGCCAAAUCCUCUGAAUGUGAUUCAAACAUGCAUUUCUUAUUAGUUAGUUUGUUUAAUAAUUUAGAGGUUAUGUUACAAGCUUUGAUUUUAAUAGAAAGAGGUUGUUGUGUUUUCGUGCAUUGGCGAAUCAGUUGCAGUUUCACUGCAUGCCAGUGACAGCUCAGUAACAGUUAUCACUAUGAAUGGAACUGCUCUAUAAAUACGUUACCAACGCAAGCGCAUACUCUUCUAAGCGAGAGUAAAAUUCCUACAGUGAGACACGCGUACCAAAAGGACCAGAACCACCUUGAGUAGACAAAUUCGAUUCCAUCAACAUGGAAGGUGGCGUUCUGGAGAUAGAAGGGGAUAAGCCGAAGUGUACAUGGUACCAUAUCAAUGAUGGCUACUUCUACAUCCCAUCAAGCAGUGGCGCAAAUCAUUUGUAUUUAAAAUGUAAGAUAUCAAGGUGUAAAGGCAGAGCAACGAUGCCAAAGAAUAAAGACGAGAGAACAUUUGAAAAUUUCAAAGUGACCGUCUCUCAUUCCCACGACCCCGAUUUCAAUCAGCUGACUUUACAAAAUCUGAGAAGAAGGAUAAUGGAUAGAUGUUCCACUGAGGAAACCCCAUUCCUGACAAUUUGGAACGAGGAGACAGCCAGAAUUGAUGCUCAGGUGAUGACUGAACUAGAAGGCCGCAUAUCUUUCAAGAGUCUGACAUGUUCCAUGAAAAGGGCUAGAAACUCACAACAGUCCAAACCACCGACUACGCUCCAUGAGUAUGGUGUGGCUCUUCUAAAGUCGCUGAAAUACCUGAAAACUGUGAGGGACAGUGACUUCUACCUGUCCAUGGUUGAGAGUGACGAGGGUGGAGUUUCGGUGAUAUUCGGAUCGCCAGAAUUCAUGGAGCUACUACCAGGAGUUGAGGAACUCCAUUUGGAUGGCACAUUCAAUGUGCGUCCUAUGAAGUCACUGUCCUUCCAUAUGUUGACAAUAAUGACUAUGCACCUGUCCAGUGCUUUUCCGGUUUUCUUCAUACUCAUGGAGAAAACCAAUGAAGCAGCUUAUACCGAUGUCUUUAGAUUCAUGAAAAAGAGAGUGCCGUCAUUGAAUCCAUCAGUGUUUAUCACUGACUUCAAAAGUACUCUCCAAGACUGCCUAUCAAAAGAGUUUCCUGGCAAAGAAAUAGUAGGCAGUUGGUUUCACGCUGCAAUGGAUAUGAGAAGAAAAGCGGCGGAGCUUGGACUCUUCCAUUUUCUGAGAGAGAGCCCAAUGGUUAAAAUGAUUCUGAAGAUGGUUAUGGCCUUGCCCCUCCUUCCAAGCAAGAACAUUGCUAAUGGCUAUGAUGUUAUCACGGAAUUUGCGCUAGAGAAAGGAGUCUACGACAGGAUGGAGAGAUUCCUACAGUAUGUGGAUCGUACUUGGAUUAAAGGUGUUGGAUCUGAGAGAUUAUCUGUAUACAGACAGGAGCAUAGGACCAUUAAUCAUCAGUGCUCUUUUCAUAAUUCUUUAAGUCACCUAAUGAACGGUGCCCAUCCCAAUGUUUGGAGAUUUACUGAAUCACUAAAAAUGACUGAGAACCUCAAAUACGAGAAAUACAAAUCCAUGCUGCAAAGAAGUGAUAGCAGCUCAAAAUCGGUGACAAACAUCUUGCAGUAUCCCAGAAUCCAACAGGCUUUGCAUCUGCUUGAUGAUGAAAGGACAACCGUCCUGGGGUUUCUUCAAAAAGUUUCUCACUGCUUUGAUAGUAUUGUUGAUAUAGAACUGUUCCGAGAUGAAGAUGUCAUCGAUACACUUGAUAUAGGAAAAGAUGAAGGUGGUCAGUUGGUGGAGAAUGUGCCAAUUGUUGUUGAAAUAGGAGAUGAAAAUCAGGAAGAAAGUCAAGAGAAUGAGUCAUUAACCGAUGGAGACAUUAAAAUUGGAGAUUUCAAGAUGGUCGAGAUGGAUGCUGAUGUUCUGGAAAUACCGGGGCAAAAACCGAAUAGUACCUGGUACCAUGCGAAUGAUGGUUACUUCUACCUGUUAAGAAACAGUGACAAAUCUCGUUUGUAUUUAAAGUGCAAGGACUCGAAGUGUAGAGGGAGAGCGUCGAUGCCGGUGGAAAGAAGACUUCUGGAGACAUUCAGAAUUACCGUCCCCCAUUCUCAUGGCCCCGACUUCCAUCAGCUGCCUCUGCUUGAACUCAGAAGGAAGAUCUUGGAACGGUGUUCCAAAGAAGUCACUCCACUCCUCACUAUUUGGAAUGAGGAGAUGACCAAGGUAGAGCCUCACCUGCUUUCUGCACUGGAAGGCCGUUUCACUUACAAGAGUCUCAAGUCCUCCAUGCACAGGGCUAGAGCGUUACAACAGUUAGAAAUACCGCCGAAUCUCCAGGAGUACGGUGUGGCUCUUCUAAAUACGAAAUCGCAGAAAACCCUGCGCGGCAGUGACUUCUACAUGGCGACCAUUGAGAGUGCCGACGGUGGAGCUUCGGUAAUAUUCGGAUCACCCGAACUCAUAGAUCUACUGCCGGGAGUUGAGGAACUGCAUUUGGAUGGUACAUUCAGUGUGCGCCAAUUGGAGCCACCGUUCCAGAAAAUGUUGACAAUCAUGUUGAUUCACAUGUCUCAUGCUCUCCCGGUUUUUUUCAUACUCAUGGAGAAAAACAAUGAGGCAGCCUACACCGAUGUCAUCAACUUCAUAAAAUCGAAGGUUCCAUCAUUGAAUCCAUCAGUGUUCAUCACUGACUUUGAUAAAGCUAUUCAAAAAUGCCUAUCAAAAGAGUUUCCUGGCAGAAAAAUUGUAGGAAGUUGGUUUCACGUAGCCAUGGUAAGUUUCAACAAUCGUAUUCAACAAAUAUCAUGUCGCGGGUUGAUCGCUCUCCCGGUUUUCUUCAUACUGAUGGAGAAAAACAAUGAGGCAGCCUACACCGAUGUCAUCAACUUCAUAAAAUCGAAGGUGCCAUCAUUGAAUCCAUCAGUGUUCAUCACUGACUUCGAUAAAGCCAUUCAAAAAUGCCUAUCAAAAGAGUUUCCUGGCAGAAAAAUUGUAGGAAGUUGGUUUCACGUAGCCAUGGAUAUGAGAAAAAAAGCAGGGGAGCUUGGACUCAGUCAUUUGUUGAGAGAGAGUCAAAUGGCGAAGAAAGUUUUGAAGAUGGCAAUGACCUUGCCCCUUCUCCCAAGCCACAAAAUUGUUGAUGGUUUUGAUGUUAUCACGGAAUUCGCGUUCGAAAAAAGGAGUCCAUGA